AAUGGAAAACACGAGGAGAUACUUAAAGCAGAUCCUUAUCUUUAUCCUGGGAACAGUGGCAUUGUUCCUCAUCUAUGAAAACUUUGAGAUUGGGUGCUGGAAUAUUGUAGCUCUCGGAACAACAUCAGCAGCAGCAGCAGAACACCCAUGGGAGGAUCCUGGGCCGUAUCAUGUGGCCUAUCCACGAAACUACAAAGUCAUCAUGGAUGACACACCGAGCUGUAAAACCACGACUCCUUUCCUGAUCCUGAUGGUUCCAGUUGCACCCGGGGAUGUGGCAGCUCGGGACACCAUCCGGAAAACAUGGGGAGGUGAGAAACAGGUUCUGGGUAAGCUGGUCAAGACCCUCUUCAUACUGGGCCUACCAGGUGGAGCUGAUGCUCAGCAGCAGCAGGAGAAGCUUAGACAGGAGAGCCAGCAGCACCACGACCUGAUCCAGAGCAACUUCCAAGACAGUUAUCGCAACUUGACGAUCAAGACUAUGGUCAUGCUGGAGUGGCUCGUUGCACACUGUGUUAACGCUUCUUAUGUCAUCAAGGUUGAUUCAGAUGUGUUACUCCAUGUCCGAAAUUUGGUCAAACUAUUGCUAGAUCCCAGUACAGCCAAACAAAACUACAUCACAGGUGUGGUGUGGUGGCACAGCCCAGUUUUAAGAAACCCAUUCAACAAGUUCUACAUGCCAAGAGACGUGAUCGCUGAGGCGGAGUACCCUCCGUAUCCUCUGGGCAUGGCCUAUGUCAUGUCCCUGGACCUGCCUGGGAAGAUCCUUGGAGUCUCAAGUCAGAUUAAACCCAUCUACAUUGAAGACGCCUACCUGGGUAUGUGCCUGAAGCGCCUGGGUAUUCCCCCAACAGACCCUCCUGAACAGACGUUGUUUAUUGUCGACCCCAGCCACCCUCUGAGCAGUUGCAGCCUUUCAAAAGUGAUCGCCACGACCACAACAAGUGCCUCACAGAUGAUUAGUUAUUGGGAGAGGAGCAGACAGCCAGAAGCUAAAUGCUGAACUUCAUAAGGUUUACCAAGGUGUUUGGGGGCUGGAUAAGGUAGUGAGGCGACCCUUUGGUCAUGGGAAUGUUUCUAAAUCAGACAAACAAAUGUGUUUACUCUGGGUUUGCAGACAAUGUGGAACCACCUUGUUUUUUGUUUGGACAGAAAAAUAUCAUUGUAUUAAAGACAUUUAAGAAUGUACUUCUGAGUUAAACUCUGAGCUGUAUCAGCUCUCACACAGAUCAAAACAUAGAUGAGGGGGUUUCAGUUUGUCAUUUUCAGUGUUCUUUUCAGAUACUGUGUCUUAAACUAAGUCUUUCCCUGCUUUG